CCCCCCACCCCUCAUAUGGAGCCUCGCCUCCCGCUCUCCCCCGCCCCGUUCCCGUCGUCCUCCUGGCCGUGGGCGGCGAGCAUGCUUCUGCGGCUGCUGUUGGUGAGAGUUCGGUGCCCGCUGGUCGCCCAUCCCCCGCGCGCCCUCCUCUUCCUCGCCGCCUCCAUGACAGCCGGCACGCGCGCCGCCGCUCGGCAGGGUCUCAUUCUUGGAGCCUUUGCCAGCGACCGUGAUGAUGAACCUUCUCAAUUGUCUUAUGCAGGAGAGGCUUUUGACAAACAAGUCAACGGGAAGCUGAAGGAGUUACUGGCCCUUUCUGGACCACCUCUGAAGAAAGGGAAGACCCGCAUCUUUCAUGGUUUGCAUCAGGCCUUUCCAAAUGUAGUAGUUGUUGGGCUGGGAAAGAAAGCAAUGGGAAUGAACAUAGAUGAAAACUGGAAUGAAGACAAGGAAAACAUACGGGCAGCUGUGGCAGCUGGAUGCAGGCAGCUGCAGGACCUAGAACUCCCUUGUGUUGAAGUGGACCCUUGUGGAGAUGCUCAGGCUGCAGCUGAAGGGGCUGCCCUCAGCAUCUUUGAAUAUGAGGAGCUGAAGCAAAAAAAGAAACCCACUCUUCAAAUUCAGUUACAUGGCAGUGAUGGAAUUGAUGCCUGGCAGAAAGGGAUUCGCUAUGCAGAAGGCCAGAACCUGGCCAGAUAUCUUAUGGAAGGCCCUGCAAACCAUAUCACACCAACCAAAUUUGCUACCAUCAUUGAGGACAAAUUGAAAAGCUUCAGCAGCAAUGUGACUGUUCAUAAAAGAGAUAAAUCUUGGAUACAGGAGCAAGCAAUGGGCUCAUUUUGGAGUGUGGCAAAAGGCUCGGAUGAACCCCCAGUCUUUUUGGAAGUCCACUACCAAGGCAGCAGCAACCCCAAAGAAGCUCCAUUGGUAUUUGUUGGAAAGGGGAUAACUUUUGAUAGCGGUGGCAUUUCCAUCAAGCCUUCAGCCAAUAUGGAUGCCAUGAGAGCAGAUAUGGGAGGAGCAGCCAUCAUUUUUUCUGCUAUUGUUACAGCUGCAGAGUUCAAGUUACCCAUUAAUCUAAUUGAAAUUGCAACCACUUUAUUCCGUUCUGGUGGUGGCUUGUUUCCAGUGCAGUUGGGUGGACUAGCCGAGAGAAAGUUAGCACUCCACCACCCACCAAUUUCAACUGCCUAUGUUCCCUAGUUGUGGUCCAGUGAGAAAGGCUGUCAGAGAUGGCAGAAGGGACGGCGCUAGGUGAUUCGGAGUUGGAGGCCACUCGAGAGGCUGACGUGGAGGAGGUGGUUGUGGAAGAGGAGAAGCUACAAACCGUAACCCCUCACCAACCGGUGGUCAGACCCAAGUUGCGCCAGCUACGUGAGGAGGACUGUGUGGAGACAGCUGGUGCGCAGAGUCAAGGGCUAGACCCUUCAGGACAGGUUUCCGGUGGGGGCUGGUGGCCAAGUUCUACUCAUACCAAGUCCCAAUGGCCACCUACCCCCCCCCAUUGGGUCCGUCAUUUAGAGGUUGGCGGGAGACAACAAGGACAGACAACGAGGAGGCGGACUGGGGCUAUGAUACUACAGGUCCGGAACCCAAUGCUAUGGAUGCCAUAAGAGACCGGUUUGGAGAAGGAAGUUUCUGGGACGCCCCGUCUUGGCAACCCUGGGCCACUGGGGCGGAGCUGUUAUAGGGCAUGUCUUGGCAGGAUGAGGGCCUUUCCAGGUCAGAAGUUCGGUUUCGCAUUGCUAGCCCCAAACUCCGAAGGGAACAGGAAACAGGAAAAAGAAAGGGCCAGAUCUAAGACCGGGACUACCACCUGCCUAAGAGGGAGGAUAGCACCAGGGGUUCCGAACAACCACCGAACAGAAGAGAGGUAGGAGCUGGAAGGAGGGCACAACGUCCUGUGGGGGAACGGAGGCCCGUUGGAGACCUAAGGAGAGAUGGGGAGAAUAGACCGCCUGUACCACCCCCAGCAUGGAUCCCGGUUCCUGGGAUGUGGGCACCACCUCCAAUCUGGGGCCCUCCUGCACUGCAAGCCACCUUUGACAGGAGCCCAGACCGUGUGGCGUUAUUCUUAAGCUAGGUGGUCAGUCAUCUAGACCAGUAUGGUCGCUGGUAUCCAUCACAAUGGGCCAUGGUGGUAGCCAUUACGGCUGUGUUAACUGGCGAUGCAGCAGAUUGGGUGGCGGGAUUACAUCGCAACCAUGCUAGAGAACUGGUGGACGUGGGUAGGUUCUUAGAAGCUCUCCGGUCGGCUUUUGAGGAUGACUCCAGUGUACAAAUCAUGGAAGGAGAUCUUGUGGCCCUCAAACAGCGGGGUGUUCCUGCAAAAGACUAUGUACGUGAUUUCCGGAAAAUUGCUAGUCGUUUAAGGGACUGGCCCGAACGGAUGCUAGUCCAGCAAUUUUGGAUGGGGUUGGACCAUGAGUUAUGUCAAGCCUGUGCGUACCGAGGCCUGGCUCCACGCCUAGCUGUUUGGUUUAAAGCCGCUAUUGAACUGGACAUUACCCUCCGGGAGUUUAGGCCUCGGUCGGAAGUUAAUGUGGGACAGAGAUGGGUUCCCACGGAAAGGGCCUCAGAAAAGCCGCCAACAAUGCGGGUUCAAAUACCUCUGCCCAGCGUCGUCCCACCUGAAAGGUCUCAGCGACCGGCGUUUCGUUGUUUUCGCUGCAAUCAGGUAGGACACAGAGCGGCUGAAUGCCCUGUACCUCCGUUACGAGUACAGACCCAAAAGCCGGCUAUGGGGGUAGCGACCAGAGGUCGACCAUGGCAGCCACAAGACCGUACACAAGCACUUCAAGGACCAAAGUCCAUCGUAGACCAUCAGGCUCGUGAUAUUACACCAACCACUGUGGUGGAGAAAUUCCCGGUGGUAUCGGGCAACAGUGAUGACGACGAGCCAGAGGACCCUAUGGUGAGCAAAACUGUGUUCCCUUUUGUCAUACCUGUGGUGCUGAGGAAUCCCCGAAGCACAACGGGUUUUCAGUAUGGUGCUUUAAUAGACACUGGAUGUACCUGUUGUCUGGUGCGGAGAAGUGUGGUGGAUACUCUGGGCUUACAGAUAAAAAAGCUAAAAGUUCCUGUGAAGUUCGAACAGAUGGACGGGUUGUUAUUGGGGGGGGGCGCCUGCUAACCACGUAACCGAACAUUUGUUGUUGGCGAUAGGUGAACAUCAAGAGUCCAUCCAGUUUAUUGUGGUUGAAAAAAUGAUAGAACCAGUUAUUCUGGGUCUCAUGGUUAGAUAAAUGGCAGCCUCACAUCUGGUGGGAGGGGGGUUAUUGUAAGCUUAGAAUCCCUUUGGGACUUGCUGUCCCAUCCCCUGCUUCUUCAGUGGGACAGUCGAGUGAGGGACAGGACAAUAGCUGUGCCUCCACAGAGGUGCCGCAUACACCGGACUUUCCUAUUGUUUACCAAGACCUUUCAGCCGUAUUUAGUGAAGAGGAAUGCAAAGUACUACCCCCCCCCCAUUGGACUACGGAUUGAGCUAUCAAGUUAGUGCCUGGGGCUAAGUUACCGAAACCUCGAAUGUAUUCCAUGACCCAACAAGAAUUAACCGAGUUACGACAAUAUAUCGACAAAAAUUUAGCUAGAGGUUUCAUCGUCCCUAGUAGAUCUAGGAUGGCCGCCCCAGUUUUCUUCAGGGAGAAGAAGGACGGCGGGGUUCGGUUAUGUGUUGACUUCUGAGGUUUGAACAGAGUGUGUAUAGAACAUUUAUACCCCCUUCCGCUUAUGAAGGAUUUGUUAGCUGCGCUAUCUACAGGACGGGUCUUUACAAAACUCGAUUUAAGGGAAGCGUACUACCGAGUACAUAUCAAACAGGGCGAUGAAUGGAAGACCACUUUCAACUGCCCUCUUGGUAGCUACCAAUAUAGAGUUAUGCCGUUUGGACUUCAAGGCGCUCCAGCGGUGUUCAUGCAGCUUAUCAACGAAGUUUUGCAUGAACAUUUGUAUAGAGGAGUUCUUGUUCAUUUAGAUGACAUUCUAAUAUAUACGCGCACCUUGGAAGAACACGUCGUGUUAGUCCGUCAGGUCUUAGAGAAGUUGUUAGCUGCUAAACUGUUUAUAAAACUCUUGAAAUGUGAGUUCCAUAAAUCAAAAAUAGAUUACCUCGGGUAUAGGAUCUCAAGCGACGGGAUAGAAAUGGAUCCACGUAAAGUCCAAGCUAUAGUUGAGUGGCAAGCGCCGAAAACCAGGAAACAACUCCAAAGUUUCCUUGGUUUCGCGAAUUUCUAUCGCCAAUUCGUCCCCGCAUUUGCUGCUAUAGCACUACCGUUAACAGACCUGUUACGCACUAAAUCCACUGUGAUAAAACCAAGACCAAACCAGUUAUUGCAAUGGACAGCUCAAUGUCAAAGUGCGUUUGAACAGUUGAAAUAUCUUUUCACCAGAGAACCGGUACUUAAACACCCUGAUCUGUCUCGUGAAUUCAUCGUUCAAGCCGAUGCUAGUGAUGUUGCUGUGGGAGCUGUGUUGCUGCAAAAAGAUGAACAGGAUAGGAUACGCCCUUGUGCUUAUACAUCACGCAAAUUAAACACUACAGAGUGAGGGUGGGCGAUCUGGGAAAAGGAGGCCUUCGCUGUCCAUUGGGCUCUACUUACGUGGCGUCACAUCCUGGAAGGGGCUACUAUCCCAUUUGAAGUAUGGACAGACCAUAAAAAUUUAGAGGCAUUACAAACGCCUAGACGUCUGUCUCCAAAGCAACUACGCUGGGCACAAUAUUUCUGAAGAUUCAAUUUCAGGCUCAAAUAUGUGCCAGCAGGAAAGAACUUCCUCGCCGAUGCACUUUCUCAUGUGUCACAAUAUAACAGUAAGCGCGAGGAAGUAGUGGAAUCUCUUAUACCACCCAUUGAGAGUGGGCAUGCGGUUGCAGCAGUGUUACGGAAAGAAGAGUCCUUCUUAAUGAAUCUUCGGAUAGCUAUCAGCCAGGAUACGUGAUUAAAUCAAAACCAAACGUCAAUAGUCCUACGAGAUGGAUUAGGGUGGAAUGGGGAUCGUUUAUACAUUCCAGAACCGCUUCAGGCUACAGUCUUACGCCGGUGCCAUGAUGCCAAACCAGCAGGUCACUAUGGUUUCCUUAAAACACUUCACCUGAUUAGAAGUCAAUUUUGGUGGCCACGAAUGCGUGGUGAAAUUGAACGUUACGUAAAAACGUGCCCAACAUGCGCGGCAGCAAAACCAUGGUCAGGGAAACCACUCGGUCGAUUACAAUCGGUGGCUGAUCCUAGUCGUCCAUGGGAGGAGGUGGUGAUGGAUUUUAUAGUGGACCUUCCGCCCAGCAAUGGACAUACCGUUAUUUGGACAGUAGUAGACUUAUUUUCAAAGCAGGCGCAUUUUAUACCCUGUCGGAGUUUACCAUCUGCCCGACGAUUAACAGACAUGUUUAUACAACAUAUCUACCGCCUUCACGGGGUCCCGAAGCAUAUUAUAUCAGAUCAGGGUGUCCAGUUCACCGCCAAGUUUUGGAGGUCUUUCAUUCAUAGGAUAGGGUCUACUCAAGGAUUAAGUUCAGCCUUCCAUCCCAGUACAAAUGGAGCAGCCGAACGGGCUAAUGCCGCUGUGGAACGAUAUCUACGUUGCUACGUUUCGUAUCAGCAAACUGAUUGGUCCACCUUACUCCCGUUCGCUGAAGUCGCGUACAAUAACAUCAGCCACCCUAGCACGGGAUUUUCUCCUUUCCAAAUCAUCUAUGGAAGAGAAUUCCCUGCCAUACCUGAAGUAGAACCUCCAGCUACAGGUGUAUCUACGCAUUCCGGUUGGGCCGACAAGAUCCGACAAACGUGGCCAGCGGUAAAAACGGCGCUUCAAAAAGCAGCAAAUGAAUACAAACUUUAUGUCGACAAAAAAAGAGCCGACCCAAAACCGUUUUCUGUAGGGGAUCACGUGUAUCUAUCAACCAAAUACUUGAAAUUACGAUUAUCUAGUAGGAAACUAGGUCCCAAAUACAUAGGUCCUUUUCCUAUAACACGUGUGAUCAACCCUGUCACUGUCAUGCUUAAACUACCUUCACUGUUAGGAAAAAUACAUCCUGUUUUUCAGAGCAGCCUCCUUAAACCUGUCAAGGAGGAAAGACCCGCACAUCAGACUGUUUCCCCGGGACCGAGUCAUUCAGAUCAAUAUGAGAUAGAUAAAGUGUUGGAUUCACAUCUACGUAGAGGCAGGUUACAGUACUUAGUACGGUGGAAGGGUUAUCCACUUGCACAAGCGUCUUGGGUGGCAGCUCCAGACAUUCAUGCCGACCAGUUGCUCCGUCGGUAUCAUCGUAAAUAUCCAAAUAAACCAAGUCCCAGUGGGUAGAACGGUUGCUAUACUAACAUCUUUAUUUUGUUUCCUGCAGGUGGACUCCUGGUAGAGAGGAGCCGCCUGUCGAGCCUCGGUUGGGUCUCGCCAUCAAUGGGGAGGACGAUGAGGAGGGGGCGAGCUGCUGGACUCUCCAGGGGCGUGUCAUCAGCUGUUUGAGAAGUCUUUACCACUCGCGCACAAAACGAAGCAAACGCUUUCAUUGGAGAUCGGGGGGGGCGUGGAGUAUGCAGAUGACGCUGCCUUGUGAUGUAACAGAGGCACGCUCCUCUUACAGGCCAGCUAGGGGAAGGAGGGAUGAUGUUGACUGUUUGAUUGCAAAUUGAUUUAUUGCGUUCCUCCUACAGGCCAGCUAGGGGAAGGAGGGGGUGAUGUUAACUGUUUGAUUGCAAAUUGGUUUAUUGCGCUCCUCCUACAGGCCAGCUAGGGGAAGGAGGGGUGAUGUUAACUGUUUGAUUGCCAAUUGAUUUAUUGCUGCGUAUAUAAAAGGCGCUACACUGCAAUUGCAUGUAGCUCUAACUUUAAACCUUGUUUCCGGCUUGUGCCUUUCUCCUGCCUGUGUUUGCUGUGCCGAACCUGAUUAAAGAAAUUGCAACCACUUUA